UUGUGUUGCAGUGAGGGGAAGAUGGCGGAGUCUGAGGAGCCGAAAGCGGGUCCUUGUACUUUUCUUUUCAAAAAAUCUACAAAGAAAUUCUCCGGACGAAAGAGAAAAGCAAGCGACAGCGACAAAGAUGGCAACAGCGAUGAGGAUCAGAGCUCUGUGGUCAGAAAGGGAAAGAAGGACACUCGAGUCAACCCCAUGAUUCAAAGGACAAAGAAGGUGGAGAAAGAUGAAACAUCUUCCAGUGAAGGUGAAGGAGACAAAGAGGAGAAGAAGGUCACUGUUGCCUACAAGUCCACGCGGUCAGCAAAAGCGGAGGGACCCGAUGACAUGGGUGCCACUGCUACAUACGAGCUGGACACGGACCGAGACAACGACGCUCAGGCGAUCUUUGAGAGGAGUCAGAAAAUCCUCGAGGAACUGGAGGGUAAAGAAGACGAUAAAAUCUACCGUGGCAUCAACAACUACCAAAAAUUCAUCAAGCCCAAAGAUACCACCAUGGGCAACGCCUCCUCUGGCAUGGUCAGAAAAGGACCAAUCCGAGCCCCUGAACAUCUGAGAGCCACAGUCAGGUGGGACUACCAGCCGGACAUCUGCAAAGACUACAAGGAGACUGGUUUCUGUGGUUUUGGAGACAGCUGCAAGUUCCUCCACGACAGAUCGGACUACAAACAUGGCUGGCAGAUUGAGCGGGAACUGGAAGAGGGCCGAUACGGAGCCAAUGACGAGGAGAACUACGAGGUGAGCAGCGACGAUGAGGAUUUGCCCUUUAAGUGCUUCAUCUGCAGGGAGUCCUUCAAGAAUCCCAUCAUCACAAAGUGUAAGCACUACUUCUGCGAGACCUGUGCUCUUCAGCAUUACCGCAAGUCCCAGCGUUGCUAUGUGUGCAACACUCAAACCAACGGUGUCUUUAACCCCGCUAAGGACUUAAUGGCCAAGAUCGAGAAACGUAACGCCGCAGCAGACCAGCCGCCGUCAGAUGAGGAGGAAGAUUAGCAGCAUCUGAACCUUCUUCAACCCUCCCCUUAUGUGUUUGUGUAUGUCAAUUUGGAAUAAAGUAACUUGUUUUUGUUUUUUAAGACUUAACUGCCUCGAUGUGUGUGGUACCAUCAAGUUAAACCAUGAAAGUGAACAACGUUUAUUGUUAAAAGUCAAGCUUGACAUUUUUGCAACACUGAGCUUUCAAAUGUCCACAUGCAGACAAAACAAGCAACAAUGCAACAUUCACUUCUCGCAUAAGUAACAUCACGCCCCGGAGCAAGUUCAAGAGAAUACAAACUGCGAAGCUCUGAAGGUUAAACUUAAAACAGAUGUCAUGCUUAACCUCUGUGCAACAAAAGAGACAUGGAGAGCAUGAGAUGGAGUUUACACUUCAACACGGGCGGAGAGUUAGGAAAUGCGUACAACAUUCUGUUAAUUUAGCUGACCCGUGGGAGAAGCUUUCCAUCUGCAGAAGGCUGACUGAGCUGUGAGGACUGGUGUUCACCCUUAUGGUGGUUUCACUGAGCAGAUGGGCUACGUGCAGAGAGGUAGAGUACCCCCCCUCUGAAUGUUUAGUAGCAGUUUCCCACAGAUCCAUUUUAUGAGAAUCUUUAGGUCUCGGCUACAUCUACACCCACAGAUUCUCCUCUGAAUCCUCAGCAGCAGCACGAGGAAUAGAGGAGUUGUGUUUUGUAAACGUGUGUGUGUGUGAAAAAUAGAGAGGCCAUCAGUGCAAUGCAAGAGUCUGAACAUAUCUAGGGAACAUAAGCGUGUGUGAGAGACUCCAAAAAAGAGGCAAAAUGGCUGCUGGCUUUCAACCUUUGUCUGAGAACAGCGACUCCUUUUAGUUUGAGAUUUAAAUUAUUUACAAGGGGACCAAUACAAAAACACAUCUCGUCCAGUACGCUCAGAGAGUUUCCCAUCCAAAUCCCAUGAGCGUCUCUCCGCCUCGUCCUCCACCGUCAGAAGUCCCAGUCGUCCACAUCCAGGUGGCUGAGACCCGACUCCAGACUGGCCAGUCCAGAGUGGGAGUCCUGCGGCUGGGAGCCGUCGAAGCUGGUGAUUGGGGUCACGGGCCGCAACAGCUCAGGCAGCGCCUCUGAGGGCCGGCGUUUGAUCUGAGGAGGGGGGAAAUAAAAAAAUACAUUUGGAGGACCAUCUUUAAAUCUUACUUUUUUUAAUGUCAACACACAGUAAAUGUGCAAAAACAAAGGUGUUCUGUAUUCUUAAUACCACAAAGUCCUGUUUCAACUAGAAUGAUAUUUUACACACCUGUUUGAAGAAUGGAUGACCUAUGAGAGUGGUGGCAGACGG